AUGAGAAGAAGUUGUAGAGUCGCAAAACUGGACAAAAUAUAUAAUACAGAGGAUAAGGAACUUAAGGGAGAGCGUACGAUAUGUUGGAAGAGCAUUGGAUUUGCAAAAUGGGGUCCGCUAGGAAGCAGAAAGAGACAAAGACUUUUACGAACGUGUAGAAGUGAAGUAGACGAGGUAUUGGAAAGAAGAACCAUGCAAAUUGAAUUUGAUGGUACGACGGUUUUGUGCAGGGUAUGUGGAGAUAAAGCAUCAGGAUUCCACUAUGGAGUACAUUCCUGUGAAGGAUGCAAGGUUCAUAGACGAAUGCUGAAGAUAACUUGGACAGCAAGGAAAACUAAUGAAGAAGUACUAAGGAGAUUCAACAAAGAUAGAGAACCGCUAAAGACUGUUAAACAUCGAAGAAUGUCUUAUCUGGGACAUAUAUUAAGAUGA